AUGGACGCGAUGCAUCUCUACAACCUGACGCUGCAGCCGUCUGGCAGCGUUAAUGCGACCGUGGUGGGUCAGUUCUCAGGGACAAGGCAGCAGGAGAUUAUUGUCGCAAAAGGCAGUCGCUUGGAACUUCUCAGACCCGACACCCAGACAGGCAAAGUGGACACCGUGCUCUCUCACGAUGCUUUCGGCGUUGUUCGCAGCUUGGCUGCCUUCCGUCUGACCGGCGGAUCCAAAGACUACCUCAUCGUCGGCUCAGACUCGGGCAGAAUCGUCAUCCUCGAGUAUCAGCCGAGGAAAAAUUCGUUCGACAAGGUGCACCAAGAGACUUUUGGUAGAUCUGGCUCCCGCAGGAUUGUGCCUGGCCAGUAUCUUGCCACAGAUCCGAAAGGCCGAGCCGCCAUGAUCGGUGCCAUGGAGAAGGCCAAGCUGGUCUACAUUCUCAACAGAGAUGCUCAGGCCAAUCUCACGAUCUCGAGUCCGCUCGAAGCGCAUAGACCCAACGGCAUCAUCCACCACAUCAUUGGCGUCGACGUUGGCUUCGAGAACCCUCUGUUUGCGUGUCUCGAGGUCGACUAUUCGGAAUCCGACCGCGAUCCUUCAGGACGUGCCUCCGAGGAGGCAGAGAAAGCGCUCACCUACUACGAGCUCGACUUGGGCCUCAACCACGUCGUCCGUAAAUGGUCCGAACCCGUCGAUCCACGGUCCAAUCUGCUCAUCCAAGUACCUGGAGGCUACAACCAGAAUCUAGAGAAGUGGGACGGGCCCAGUGGUGUGCUGGUCUGCAGCGAAGACUACAUCACCUACAAGCAUCAGGACCAGUCAGAACACCGUGUACCCAUCCCCAAACGCCUCAACCCCAUCGAAAAUGCGUCAGAGAGGCGUGGCACUCUCAUCGUCGCAAGCGUCCUGCACAAGAUGAAGAACGCCUUCUUCUUCCUCGUCCAGUCUGAAGACGGCGAUCUGUUCAAGAUUACGAUGGAACAUCAGGACGACGAGAUCCGUUCGCUCAAGAUCAAAUACUUUGAUACGGUGCCCAUCGCAUCUGGUUUGGCCAUCUUGCGAUCCGGUUUUCUGUUUGUCGCAUCCGAGUUUGGCCCGCAGCUGCUCUACUCGUUUCAGAAGCUCGGCGACGACGACGACCUGCCCGAAUACAUCUCAACCGACUAUGACGAGAAUGGGGCAGGACGAAGACGGCCGCAGCUGCCGACGUUUACGCCUCGACCGCUGGACAAUCUUGUCCAAGUCGACGAAGUGCCCAGUCUUGACCCUAUCCUGGAUUCCAAACCGCUCAACCCCUUGGCUUCCGACUCACCACAGAUCUUUUCUGCCUGCGGUCGAGGGGCGAGGAGCAGCUUCAAGAUGCUGCGUCACGGUCUGGAAGCUCAAGAGGCGGUUAGCUCCGACCUGCCCGGUGUGCCGAGCGCGGUAUGGACGUCCAAGAUCACUCGACAGGACGAACACGACAGCUACAUCGUUCUCAGCUUUGUCAACGGUACGCUCGUCCUAAGCAUCGGAGAGACGAUUGAGGAAGUUUCAGAUAGCGGGUUCCUGACGUCCUCGUCUACACUGGCAGUGCAGCAGCUCGGCGAAGAUGCGUUGCUGCAAGUGCAUCCCCACGGCAUCCGGCACAUUUUGGUGGACAAGCAGGUCAAUGAAUGGGCAACGCCCAGUCUGCCCAAUGGUCGACAGACGACGAUCGUGGCAACGUGCACUAACGAGCGCCAGGUGGUGGUGGCUCUGAGCAGCAACGAGCUGGUCUACUUUGAGCUCGACAUGGACGGCCAACUCAACGAGUAUCAGGAGCGGAAGGCUAUGGGCGCGGCCGUGCUCACCAUGAGCAUGGCAGAUUGUCCCGAAGGCCGUCAGCGAACACCUUACCUUGCAGUGGGAUGCGACGAUUCUACGGUGCGCAUCAUCUCACUCGAACCCAACUCGACGCUAGCAUCCAUUUCGAUCCAAGCGCUCACAGCACCCGCCUCCAGCAUCUGCAUGGCCGAGAUGCAGGACGCCACUAUCGACCGCAACCACACGACGACGUUUGUCAACAUUGGUCUGCAGAACGGUGUGCUGCUUCGCACCGUGCUCGAUGCAGUGACGGGUCAGCUGACGGACACGAGAACGCGAUUCCUGGGCAGCAAGGCGGUGCGGCUAAUCCGAACCAAGGUGCACGGGCAAAAUGCGGUGAUGGCCUUGAGCACACGGACGUGGCUGUCGUUUACGUACCAGGACCGGCUGCAGUUCGUACCGCUCAUCUUUGACGCUUUGGACCAUGCAUGGUCGUUCAGCGCCGAGCUGUGCCCAGAGGGUUUGAUUGGUAUAGUCGGCAGCACACUGCGCAUCUUUACCAUUCCAUCGCUCGCGAGCAAGCUCAAGCAGGACUCGGUGCCGCUCUCAUAUACCCCGCGCAAAAUGGUACCUCAUCCGAACGAGCAAGGGCUGUUUUACGUUGUGGAAGCCGAGCACCGUACACUGUCUCCGGGAGCGCAACGCAGACGGACCGAGUUGCUCGAGAAGGAGCUCAAACCGCAUCAGCGAGGCGUCCUGGAUCUCAACCCGGCAGAGUUUGGCCUGAUUCGCGCCGAGGCAGGCAAUUGGGCGAGCUGCAUCCGUGUUGUGGAUGGAGUGCAGGCGCAGACUACCUACAAAUUGGAACUGGACGACAAUGAGGCAGCCUUCAGCAUUGCCAUCGUGCCCUUUGCCAGUGCGGAAAAGGAAACGAUGCUCGUGGUGGGUUCGGCUGUCGACGUUGUCUUGUCUCCACGCUCGUUCAAGAAGGCGUACCUGACGACCUACCGCCUGACGAACGACGGGCGAGAGCUCGAGGUGCUCCACAAGACCGAGGUGGACGACGUUCCGCUAACCUUGCGACCCUUCCAAGGCCGUCUUCUCGCUGGCAUUGGCAAGGCACUCCGCAUCUACGAUCUCGGCAAGAAAAAGCUGUUGCGCAAGUGCGAAAACAGGUCGUUCGCCACGAACAUUGUCUCGCUCGACGCGCAGGGCUCCCGAAUUGUCGUGGGCGACAUGCAGGAGAGCAUCAUCUUUGCCAGCUACAAGCCGCUCGAGAACCGGCUUGUCACGUUUGCCGACGAUGUGAUGCCCAAGUUUGUGACGCGCUGUGCGAUGCUCGACUACGACACGGUGGCAGCGGCGGACAAGUUUGGCAACGUGUAUGUGCUGCGUGUCGAUGCUGACACGAGUCGCAGCGUGGAUGAGGAUCCGACGGGAAUGACGAUUGUGCACGAGAAGCCCGUAUUAAUGGGCGCAGCGCACAAAGCGACGCUGGUUGCGCACUUUUUCGUCGGCGACAUUGUCACGUCGCUCAGCAGAACGGCCAUGGUUCCAGGCGGUCGCGAAGUGUUGUUGUAUACGGGUAUUUCGGGUACAAUUGGUGCGCUGGUUCCCUUUGUCAGCAAGGAGGACGUCGACACGCUGUCGACGUUGGAGUCGCAUCUGAGGCAGGAGAACAGCAGUCUGGUGGGUAGAGAUCAUCUCGCCUACAGAAGCAGCUAUGCUCCCGUCAAGAGCGUGAUCGACGGAGACCUGUGCGAGACGUUCGGAUUGCUUCCUCCUGCCAAGCAGAACUCGAUCGCACAAGAACUGGACCGAAAGCCGAGCGAGAUCAACAAGAAGCUCGCCCAGCUCAGAGAAGGCUCCACUGGAUUCUGA